CCCAACACCCCAACCCCCCUUUCUUGUUGACACAUCAACUCCAAUUCUACCAAUACUCCCAAGACAAAAUUCUUUCCUCUAAAGGGGGUUGCUUCUUUAUGCAAUAUAAUCACUACCCACAAGGCCACAACUAAUUUUUCUUUAUACCUUAGGUUUUUUUUUUUUUUUUUUUUUUUAAAGUUUUCUGUGUAUGGUUGCUAGAUUUUGUUGUUUUCCAUCAACCCCAUCUCAGCAAAAUUUAUUUAACAGGGUUGUUGAAAUUUUUUCAAAGUUAUGGUGUCUUCGAUCUAUUGCCAUGUACCGAGUGAAGCAGAGACGAAUCAUAUCCCACCAUUCUACUCUCGAAAGAGAUUAAAGUCUUUAGAUUCGAUGCCAAUGGAUUUAACUUCACAAGGUUCUAUUGACGAUGAAAAUCGCGUUGAUGUUGUAUCUACAAUGGAGUUAACUAUUGGUUGCUUGCAAAAUCUUGGUUCACCAUUGUGUGUGGAGAUGAGUUGCCAGUCUAAUGGCAAGAGUGAGAAUGUUUCAUCGCCUUGUGAUGUCGGUGGCAGUUCAACGAGUGACAAGAGUACUGUGGUGUACCCUCAAGCCGCACUUGCAACUGGAUGGAUGUAUGUAAAUGAACAGGGUCAAAUGUGUGGUCCUUACAUUAAGGAACAAUUAUAUGAGGGUCUGUCUACUGGUUUCUUGCCAGAAGAACUUCCCGUUUAUCCCAUCUUAAAUGGGACCAUUUCGAAUGCGGUGCCCUUAAAGUAUUUCAAUCAAUUUCCUGACCAUGUUGCCACUGGCUUUGCUUAUUUAAUGGUUUCGUCCAUGGAAGUUGCCAAAGAUUCAGGAGGAAAUGGAGUGGAGUUGCCAACAACUUCCCCUUAUUCUAGCUCGGGGGAUAAACAUGAAACUCAUUCCAUGAAUCAGCAAGUGUCGACUACUGGCUUUGUCGGAACAGUUGCACCGUCUAUGUCUUCGGUUAACGAAGAAUCGUGCUGGCUCUUUGAAGAUCAUGAUGGGAGGAAACAUGGGCCGCACUCUCUUGUGGAGCUUUAUUCAUGGUAUCAUUAUGGAUACAUUGUGGAUUCAGUGAUGAUUCAUCAUGCUGAUAAUAAGUUCAGUCCCUUUGCUUUGAAAUCUUUAAUUAGUAGUUGGACUACGGCUACCCCUGGAGCUCAAUUCUUGUCUAAUCCCGAUGGGCAUGAGACUAACGCUCUACAUGAUUUUGUAUCCGAGAUUUCUGAAGAAGUAUGCUCCCAGCUUCAUAUGGUGAUCAUGAAAGCAGCCCGCAGGACUCUGCUCGAUGAGAUUGUUAGCCAUGCAAUUUCAGAGUGCAUCUCCGAAAAAAAAGAUCGUAAGAAAGUCACUAAUCAAAAGAAAGCCACUAAUCAGUCUGUCAAAAUGUCAUCUCCUGGUACCAGAAUGUCUGCAGGUUUUGGUGGCAGUAAGGCCUUAGUUUCUCCUGAGAGCAGUGCAGAAGCUUCUAUUCUUCGUAACCAGAAAUCUCCUGCUGCUGAAGUCCCUUUGAAGUAUUCAGGAGGCGCAAAAUCUGUUGGAAGCUUUGAGAACUUCUGUGAUUCUUAUACAGUUGUUUGCAGGAAAUUAUUUGACUCUUGCAUGCAAAAUAUCUGGAAUGCUGUCUUCUAUGAUCACGUGUCAGAGUUUUCAUCUGCGUGGAGGAAGAGAAAGCGAUGGUCACCUCCUUGUCUGAUGGUUGAAUCAAACAUUCAAGCAAAGUCAGAUGCUGAUUGCACCUCAAAGCUUUCUAUUGAAGUUUUGCAAUUGGAGGAAGAAUCCGUCCCUCCAGGGUUUGAGAAAAAGAAUGUGACAGUGGAUUUGCCUUCAGUUUCGUCAUCAAAAGAUUGCACCGUGGAGCUCUCUACUGAAGUUUUGCAGGUGGAGCAAGAAUCAUUCGGCUGUGAUCCUGAUUUUCCCCCAGGGUUUGAGGAGAAGAAUAUGACAGUGGAUUUGCCUUCAGUUUCGUCACCAAAAGAUUGCACCGUGGAGCUGUCUACUGAAGUUUUGCAAGUGGAGCAAGAAUCUUUCGUCUGUGAUCUUGAUUUCCCCCCAGGGUUUGAGGAGAAGGAUGUGACAGUGGAUCUGCCUUCAGUUUCGUCAUCUUUUAAUGAUGAAAAGGGGUUGUCUGGAUCCAGUCAUGCAAUGGACUCUGAAGCUAAUGAGCGUAUGCAGCUUAUCUUUGAGAGUGUAAUGGAUGAACUCCACCUGUCUGCAAAGAUGUCCUUGGAAGAGUAUUUCAGUAGCCUUUUGCAUGAAGAGGUGAUGGGAAAAGUUGAUUCCCUUAAAGAUGGCGUGAUAAUCAAGGUUGCUGAGGACCCAAAUAUUUUUAAUUGCGGUGCAAGUAAAAAUGAGUCUUCUGAUGCCAUUUCGGUGUCAGACAACUUACCUUGUGUAGAUAUUGAGAGUACUUCACCGCCUGUAAAAUCAUCGCACCAGAACAAUAUUGAUACAUACGUGCCUCCUGCGUCAGAUUGGUUUUCAAGUGCAUUUCAGAAGUCAGCCAGUUUAGAUAAUACAUCCAUUGAUGAAAUGACUGAUGAGCUGCAACCACCUGAAUGCGAAGCUGUUCCUGUGCAAACUUCUAAAGUUCGGCUUGCUAGGUCUGACAAUAAUAUUUUGAGAAUAAUAUGGUAUGCUACCCUGUCAAAUUGCCGGCAGAAGGUACAUGAGAAAGCACUGAGAGAGUUGAAAAGUUUUCUUAUUGAUGACUUGAUUAGAAAUUUCUUGACAACUUGGUCUUCUGCAAGGAGAUGUAGUAAACCAGAGGAUUCUCGGGUUACAAGAAGCAAAGCGGAUGAUGAGAAACGUGAUAAAUCUCCUGUUGCAUUAAGCAAAAGCGUGGAUGGCUUUCCUAAGGUACCUACAGCCGCGGGGAAAUAUACAUAUUACCGGAAGAAAAAGUUGGUCAAAAGAAAGUCAGGCUCUUCAUUGCAGCCUCCCCCUGAUGGAGAUGUUGGCUUCCAAAAGCGAUCUAUUAACAAGUCAAGGAAAAAAGAUCUCUUGGGAGAGGUAACAGAGAGCGCUAAAGGUGACAAUGCAACUUCAAGUGAUAAGGAAAUUGGGCCAAAAGAUUGUUGCAGAGAGUUGGUCACUGAUGCCUCUUUAGUUUUUCCUCCAUCAUCGGUUAUUAAUUGUAACACUAUCUCGGAAGACGUAGUUGCUUCUGUCUCCAAAGUGGGGAGAAGUAACGCAAGCCGCAAAAAAAUGAAGGCCACUUUUAUCGCUGAGGUCUCCGGUGAUAAUGGAAGGGUUGAUGGAGACGUUGGCUUAAAAAAGAGAUCUAUUAACAAGUCAAGGAAACAAGAUCUCUUGGGGGAGGCAACGGGGAGCACUAAAGGUGACAAUGCAGCUUUAAGUGGUAAGGAAAUUGGGCCGAAAGAUUGUCGCAGAGAGUUGCUCACUAAUGCUUCUUUAGUUGUUCCUCCAUCAUCGGCUAUUAAAUGUAACACUAUAUCAGAGAAAGUUGCAUCUGUUUCCGAAACGAGGAGAAGUAGUUCAAGCCGCAAAAAACUGAAGGCUGCUUUUGUCGCUGAGGUCUCCAGUGGUAACAGAAAGGUUGAAGAAGACAUCAGCUUCAAAAAGAGAUCUAUUAACAAGUCAAGGAAACAAGAUCUCUUUGGGGAGGCAACAAAAAGCAUUAAAGGUGACAACGCAACUACAAGUGGUAAGGAAAUUGGGCCGAAAGAUUUUCGCAGAGAGUUGUUCAGUAAUGCCUCUUCAAUUGUUCCGCCAUCAUUGGUUAUUAAUUGUGACACUAUCUCAGAGAAAGUUGCAUCUGUUUCCAAAGCAGGGAGAAGUCAUGCAAGCCGCAAAAAACUGAAGCCCACUUUUGCCGCUGAGGUCUCCAGUAGUAGUGGAAAGGUUGAUGGAGACGGCUUCAAAAAGAGAUCUAUUAACAAGUCAAGGAAAAAAGACCUCUCGGGAGAGGCAACGGAGAGCGCUAAAGGUGACAAUGCAGCUUCAAGUGAUAAGGAAAUUGGUCCAAAAGAUUGUCGCAGAGAGUUGGUCACUAAUGCCUCUUUAGUUGUUUCUCCAUCAUCGGUUAUUAAUUGUAACACUAGCUCGGAGGAAGUUGCAUCUGUCUCCCAAGCAGGGAGAAGUAAAGCAAGCCACAAUAAACUGAAGGCUCCUUUUAUUGCCGAGGACUCCAGUGGUAAUAGAAUGGUAGCUGAGGCUGUGAACAGCGAAUUGGGCACUCAAGAAAUGCAACCAACUGCUUGUUCGAAAAAGACUCCCAAAUCAGCGGCCAAAUUACCGAAGUUGAAAAAGAGAAAAAUAGAGAAUAAUCUGACAGCCUCUGGGUCAAGUAAAAUUCAGAGACUAUCAAGUGGUGCUGGCAACCAAGCUGCAACAGAGGUGGUUAUUCUAGAGAAAAAUCAGAAGGGUAAAUCCCGGAUAGCAAAACAUUGUCCACAUUCAGUUGGCUGUGCUCGAUCUUCAAUCAAUGGUUGGGAAUGGCGUAAGUGGUCGAUGAGGGCAAGUCCUGCCGAAAGGGCUCGUGUUAGGGGAAAUAAGAUCGUUCAUAUUCAAUCUGUUAGUUCAGAUACUACUGGUUCUCAAAUGUUUAAUGUUAAGGGAAUUUCUGCAAGAACAAACAGGGUUAAGUUGCGGAACCUCCUUGCUGCUGCCGAGGGUGCUGAUCUCUUGAAAGCUACUCAAUUGAAGGCGAGGAAGAAGCGCCUACGCUUCCAACAAAGUAAGAUACAUGCUUGGGGUCUCGUUGCCCUUGAGCCUAUCGACGCUGAAGACUUUGUCAUUGAAUAUGUUGGAGAGCUUAUACGUCGUCGUGUAUCUGACAUACGAGAGCACUAUUAUGAAAAGAUUGGAAUUGGGAGCAGUUACCUUUUCAGACUGGAUGAUGAUUAUGUGGUUGAUGCAACAAAACGUGGUGGUAUUGCCAGAUUCAUAAACCAUUCUUGUGAGCCGAAUUGCUAUACAAAAGUUAUAAGUGUUGAGGGUCAGAAAAAGAUCUUCAUAUAUGCUAAGCGGCAUAUUGCAGCUGGUGAAGAGAUAACUUACAAUUACAAGUUUCCUUUGGAGGAAAAGAAGAUCCCCUGUAAUUGUGGUUCUAAAAGGUGUCGUGGCUCGAUGAAUUGAAAUGCAAAGGAGAUGCCAGAUCCGAUGUGUUCCGCUGCUGUAUUUAGGGGUCGUUUCUUGACUGGUGGGUUCCACGGACACCCAUGCCGCAGUUUUGCAGAUAGAGAUUUUGUCAUCAUGUACAUAUGGAACAAUCAGGGUAUAGCAUGUCCAUUCAAAUUUUGCUAGAUGAUGAUGAUGUGGGUCGAGUGACAUCUUUCGGGUACGCGUCUUUUAUCCUUUUACUUCUUGUUCCACCUUUCACUCCAAAUUGCUAUCUAAUUAGGACAAACGAACGCACCAAAACAACAUUGGUUUCUUGCAAAUUUGGAUAAACACGAGUAAUUGCAAUAAUGGUUUGAACAUUUCCUUAGAAAUCUCCAAGGGAAAUCAAAUGUGGCACCUCUCCAUCGAUGUUAAUGUAUUAUAUCAUAGUUUAGUGGAGCUCGGGAACUAAAAAAAGGCGGGGUGAAUGAGCGAGCAAUCGUGAGUUUUUAGAGUCAAGUAAGGGAUUGGGUUGAGAGGGUCAUAGCCCUGCUAUAUACUUAGCUAAUGACCGUAUACAAACCGUAUACAUCUAUCUUCCAAAAUACGACUUAAAAGCGACUUAAAAUUCAAUACAUCUCUUUUGGAUUCAUACUCAAGUCCAAUACUUUUUAUCAGACGUUACAUUUAUCCAAUACAUUUUGUAGCAACAUUUUUCAAACGUAUCAAGCAAAUUAUUCCUUGAGCAAGGAACAGUAUACAGCUUGGUUACUUGUUGAAAAUUGGAUAAUAAAACACAAAGAAAUAAACAAAAGAAGGAAAGAAAAAAGACAACAAAGGUGACAAUCAUGUAUAGUAAGUCCUUUCUGGACAACGUUAUUUUUAAUCAAACUAGAUUCCCCAUCUAAAAGGAGAAAAACUCGUAAAAAAAAAAAAAAAAAAAAAAAAAGGAGAAUGGUUUUCUCAUUGCCAAUUUAAGAUGCAAGUUAAAAAAAUAAAAAAAAAGGUUUUGAUUAUCAAUAAAAGCAGCAGCUGCCUAUUGGCCUAUUAGUUUUUUUUUUUAAAAAGUCUCUGUAUACUUAAGCUUUUGGCUUCUACCAAUCUUUUCUCAAAAAGGGUGAAAGGCUGGCCAAUGGCAGGGUGUUAUAGAUCAUAAAUAAUCAAAAUAGAUGUAAAAGCUAGAGGGUAAGCCACCAUGGUAUAGUUCAAGUGGCAAAAGUUGAGGGACUUGUGACCUGCGAACUCCGUAAUAUUUAAGUGGAGGAGGUAGACGGAUGAACUUAUUAUCCCCAAGUUUCGAAGGCUACCGCUGGUUCUAAGGGUCAGCUCCAAAAGUAUUUUUCGAUUACUAUAAAAAAAACUAGAGGUUAAUACAACGACAACAAGAACAUACCCACUAUAUUUCCACAAGUAGGGUGUGGGGAGGGUGGGUGUAUAGAGAACUUACCCCUACCUUUGUGGGAUGGAGACGCCAUUUCCAAUGGGCUCUCAAGAAAAUCGUUUUUUGAACAAACGGCUAGAGGUUAAUUUAACCCAUCAACGCUAAGGUUCAUCGAGGCAUGUUCGGUGCUAUUAAGAGCCAUCGGUUGGUCGUUUAAAGCAAGGAAGUGAUGCAAAAGAAGGGGUUGUAGUUUAAUGCACAAAGUGAUUGAUGCGUGAAGCAUUGGAUUUCUUUGAAUCAACUUUGAGGAGUUUGGAAUUAAUAUCAACGUUAUUGUUUAUUUUGAGGUUGAAAUUUGUUUUACUAAUUACAAUUUCAUUAUGAUUGUAAGCUGUAACACUAGAUUUAUAUGUUUUGCUAUUCCUUAAUUGUGUAAAUUGUGCAUUUUACUUUAAAGAAUCAUGUGCUAUACUUCUUGCUUUUCCCCUUAGGUCCAUGGACCUUGGUGCU